CAUUCACAUAAAUUCUCCAAUUAUAAGUCGCGGCUCGGAGUGGUGGGCGGUGCUAUGGAACGGGCGCUUAGUGGCUAGAGUGGAAGACGCAUAAGUUCAGUGUGAGUCCGGGACUGGAGACGGGCGGUUGUUUAGUAGCUACAGUCACAGACAGGACCUGCACCUCCAGGAGGAUGAGAAUCUUUUGAUCCAGUCGGACCCCUAUUCAGGCACAAUCAAUGGCGGCCGCUAAAAAAGAUGCGAAGCCUAAAGUGGCCGGGGUCCGUUUUGCAGCAGGAUUCGCUGAAGAGGGGGCUCAUAACCACGUCCAUUUCGAUGAGCAGCUGCACGAUUCCGUGGUUAUGGUCACCCAGGAAGACAAUGGACAUUUCUUGGUCAAGGUGGGUUUCCUGAAGAUUUUGCAUAAAUACGAGAUCUCCUUCUCCUUGCCGCCAAUACAGAGACUGGGGAAGAGCAUCUGCGUGGUCCCUCUCCCCACCCUCAACCUGAAAGUGCUCAGCAUAACGUCUCAGGCUGAAGGACACAGCAUUAAGUGUGAGUACACUGCACAUAAAGAGGGGGUCCUGAAGGAAGAGAUGAUGUUGGCGAGUGAAACCAACGAUAAAGCCGUCAUUAAAGUGGUGGUUCAUGCAAGAGUGCUGGAUCGACACCAUGGGACCCCGAUGUUGCUGGAAGGAGUCCGAUGCAUCGGCACUGAGCUGGAGUAUGAUUCUGAGCAGAGCGACUGGCAUGGAUUCGACUAGAGGCCAAAGGUUUCCCACGGAACUCUGCGUCCAACAAGAAUAGUCUGACCCAGCCAUAAAGAAAGAUGGGAAUCUCUUACCUUGAUUAGUUGGUCAACGUCCCACCACUUUUGGAGAAAUGUAGGGGCUCUCCUACGUUCUCUAGCAUUUAGCAAUGAGGCAUCAUGAUUGGGGGCUGAUGGAGAAGAGGGGGGUCAGGACCCUUGUGUUGGACUUGCACCUACUCAUCGUCAGCUUGCACUCGUGUAACUGUCCUGUGCUCUUGUAUUUCUAUUUUGUCAAUUUCUAUCUAUACCUGCGUGUGACAUGCUCCUGUGUGCUGCAAUGUGUGUAGGACUGGCUGAGUGUGCAGCUACUGAGUAUCUGUUAACUGUUGUACUUUAUUACUCUCAAUGGGACUGUUGUACUUUAUUACUCUCAAUGGGACUGUUGUACUUUAAUACUGUCAAUGGUACUGUUGUACUUUAUUACUCUCAAUGGUACUAUCGGUAUUCCCAAAAUAUGGAGGACAUGGGGGGGGGGAGUGGUUUAAGUACUUCUAAUACAGAUGGUUCAGACUUGGUUCUA